AUGAAGGUUAAAGGCACUCUCACACGUGAACUUAAUCAGCGCAGGGCCGACGUUGCGCACUCAUCAACAGCUCGUCCAUUCGAAAUCGAUGAUGCAUCUCCAUCGUUUAUUAUUUCUCAACGCAACCGGCUUCCUGAAUUGCAAAUUCCACACUUCAGUGGUGCAUAUACAGAAUGGCCAGACUUCAUCGCAAUGUUUAACUCGGUUAUUAAGAGCUGCGCUGAGUUAAGUAAAAUUGAAAGGUUUCAACAUUUGCGGGCAAAUUUAAGAGGCGCUGCCUUGGAUACAGUUCGUUCCUUGGAGCCAAGCGAUACCAACUACGACAAGGCAUUGGACCUCUUGAAGAAACGGUUUGGCAACCGGCUACUCAACUUUCAAGCGCAUAUAAAAGAAAUGUUUGCGCUCAAAAAGCUCGAUACAAAAUCGCAAAUCAAAUGGGAAGAAGAUCUACCAAUAAAUUCACUUCCAACUUGGACAUCUACGGCAACGUUCCUGGAGAAGAGGUGUCGCAUGCUAGAAAACGUGGAGGCCACAGUACCAGCAGCAAGCAGCACUUCCGUGGGAGGCAAACGUUCACCUCGCGGUAACAGCAGUUCUCGAAAGGCACUUGUAACAUCUUCAAGCUUAUGUUCGUUUUAUGGUUCCACUAGUCACUGGAUUUAUGGUUGUUCUCAAUUCAGAGACUUAUCACCUGCUUCGCGUUAUAAGGAAGCCAAGCGCCUACAGCUGUGUCUCAACUGUCUUCACCAAGGCCACACAUUAAACAAAUGCAAAUCAGGACAUUGUCGGCAAUGUACAUCCAACCAUCAUUCAUUGCUACACAUGUAUAAAGGUGAGCAACCUACAUCGUUUCGUUCGGCCGACAACACAGACGCUGGAAUGGCACCAACGUCUUCGAUGAGAGUGCAGCAAGUAGCCACAGCUGCAUCCUCAGAAAGCUUCGUCUUGCUGGCAACAGCCAUUAUACAUAUCAAAAAUCGUACAGGGUGUUACGUUCCCUGUCGCGCACUGCUCGACUCCGCCUCUCAGGUAAACUUUGUUACAUGGCGCCUGGUAAAACAAUUAAAAUUAGAAACGAAAAAGAUAAGCACUUCCAUAUCUAGUAUUGGUGAAUCCAAUUUCGUCGCUGACAGGGCAGUUGACAUUUUCGUAAGGGCACGUAGUGAUGACUACACUUUCUCCUUUGAAGCUAUCGUCGCCAACACCAUCACCGAACACCAGCCGAACUUCGACCUAAACAUCGAUUCGUGGAACAUUCCGCCGAAUACCAAACUCGCAGAUCCGCUUUUCUAUAAAUCGCAUUGA